CAGCAGUCGGAGGUACGCCCAAGAUGGCGGCCUCCAUGUGCGACGUGUUCUCCUUCUGCGUGGGCGUGGCGGGCCGAGCCCAGGUAGCCGUGGAAGUCCGCUUCGUGAGCAGCGCCAAGGGAAAGGGGUUGUUUGCCACACAGCUGUUCCAGAAGGGGGAGACCAUAUUCAUCGAACGGCCCCUGGUGGCUGCACAGUUUCUCUGGAAUGCACUCUAUCGCUACCGAGCCUGUGACCACUGCCUUCGGGCACUGGAGAAGGCAGAGGAGAACGCCCAGAGACUGACUGGGAAACCAGGCCAGGUUUUGCCUCAUGCUGAGCUGUGCACUGUGCGCAAGGACCUGCACCAGAAUUGUCCCCACUGCCAGGUGACGUACUGCAGUACAGAAUGUCUGCUAGCCGCAGCUGAGCAAUACCAUCAGGUCCUGUGCCCAGGCCCCUCCCAGGAUGACCCCCUGCAUCCUCUCAAUAAGCUGCAGGAGGCAUGGAGGAGUGUUCACUACCCCCCUGAGACUGCAAGCAUCAUGUUGAUGGCCCGGAUGGUGGCCACAGUGAAACAGGCUAAGGAUAAGGAUCGUUGGAUCAGGCUCUUCUCCCAGUUCUGUAAUAAAACCGCCAAUGAGGAGGAGGAAAUUGUCCACAAACUCCUGGGGGACAAAUUCAAGGGCCAGCUGGAGCUACUGCGGAGACUCUUCACAGAGGCCCUUUAUGAGGAAGCACUCAGCCAGUGGUUCACUCCGGAUGGAUUCCGGUCUCUCUUUGCUCUUGUUGGGACCAAUGGCCAAGGAAUUGGGACCAGCUCCCUGAGCCAGUGGGUGCAUGCCUGUGACGCUCUGGAGCUGAAGCCUCAGGACCGUGAGCAGCUGGACGCCUUCAUUGACCAGCUGUACAAGGACAUCGAGACAGCAACUGGUGAGUUUCUUAACUGUGAAGGAUCUGGCCUCUUUGUGCUGCAGAGCUGCUGCAACCACAGCUGUGUCCCCAAUGCAGAGACCUCCUUCCCAGAAAACAACUUCCUUUUGCAUGUCACCGCCCUGGAGGAUAUUAAGCCAGGAGAGGAAAUCUGCAUCAGCUACUUAGACUGCUGUCAGCGGGAGCGCAGCCGCCAUAGCCGCCACAGGAUCCUCAGGGAGAACUAUCUGUUUGUCUGUUCCUGCCCCAAAUGUCUGGCAGAGGCUGAUGAACCCAACAUGACCUCUGAGGAGGACGACGAUGAAGAGGACGAGGAAGGAGAGCCGGAAGAUGCUGAGCUGGGGGAUGAGAUGACUGAUGUAUGAUGUCAUCCUGCCUGGAAGUGGUCCUACCCCAGACCCUGCCAGAAGAGGGGGCUUUCCCCCAGAGCAGAGGCUUGGAAGGAACUCCCACUCCUGUUGCCUGCUUUCCCCCCAUGCCAGCUCUGUUUCUUCCAGAGGGUAAGACAGGCUGGACCCUAGGCCCUCCACCUCCUGCCGGACCUCAUGCCCAGGACACUGCUGCUAAGCGGCUCAGGCUCUGUGCUGUCACUGAGCCUCUCAGAACUGGCCUCCCCCUGAGGUAUGGGUGUAAGUGGCUGGAACCAUGGUCAGGGCCUAACAGUGUUUCUUCCCCUUGGCCCCAUGGCCCCACUUACUCAUCCACCUAAGGCUUCACCCUUCUCAACUCACUGUUGGGGGGGUGGUGGUUGGGUCACAAAGUGGCAACCUGCGAACAGCCUGACUCCAUUGAAGAAGAGAGGGGGUUAGACACCCUUACCCUCUUCCCCACUAGCACAGCUGGGAGAGGCAAGAGGGAGGAACUGGGCACCUUCCCUAAAGAUUUCUGUGGGGUACACCGAACCGGGGGCAUUACCUCCCUCUGCUCACCUCCCCACACCCACCAUUUAGACAUCCGGGGAGUAGAGAAUCUCCCCAGACCCCAGAAUCUGUCCUUAGGCCUUGCCUCUCAGGCCCUGGCACAGUGGCUGGCCUCACAGGGUGUGGAAGAGGUCUCUGCCUCCCUUGGGAGGGACAUCACCCUCCUCCCACUGAGGACUCUAGCAGCAUGGCUGAGCUCUGGGGGAUGAAAGGCCUGUGCUCCUUAAUUUAGGAUGUCCUAGAAUCUUCUAGAGCAUGGGUCAGUGAGGGGCUCUCCUAGUCUCAAUCUCCAUCUUUAGGAUCAUUUAGGAACACUGAAGUCUUUCAGAAACCUAGGAGAGCUAGGCUAGAUACUCACAUUAGCCCUGUCUCCCUCUCCUCCCCAGAUUAGCACUACCCCUUACUCUUGGGUUGGAAGCUGUGGAAAUUAUAACCUAUCACCUGCAAUUCCUUUCUGCCUACCUUUCCUGAGGGGCCUGCCACAUGCCCCUGCUGAGGGAUCCCAGGGAGGGCAGGUGCCGCCCCACAGGCCCUUUCCUGCAUCAUGAGCCAGGUGGAAUCUGCCUGUCUGGCCUAUUGGGUUCUUAAUCCUUCACAGCAGCCAGCACCCCCUCCUCCCCACAUGCCCACUGUUCUCAAUAAAAUAUAAGUGGUG